CGGGCUGCACCGCAGAGGAGAUGGCCUCGUCCACCGUGGAGAGUUUCGUGGCCCAGCAGCUACAGCUGCUGGAGCUGGAGCGGGACGCCGAGGUGGAGGAGCGCAGGUCCUGGCAGGAACACAGUUCUCUGAAAGAGCUCCAGAGCCGAGGGGUAUGUUUGCUGAAGCUUCAAGUAUCCAGCCAGUGCACCGGGCUGUACGGACAGCGGCUGGUCACCUUUGAGCCUAGGAAAUUCGGACCUGUGGUGGUGCUUCCCAGCAACAACUUCACUUCUGGUGAUAUUGCGGGUCUGUAUGAUGCUAACGAAAGCAGCCAGCUGGCUACUGGGGUCCUGACCCGCAUCACUCCAAAGUCGGUCACAGUGGCCUUUGAUGAGUCCCAUGACUUCCAGUUGAACCUGGACCGAGAGAAUACCUACAGACUGCUGAAGCUCGCCAACGAUGUUACCUACAAGCGACUGAAAAAAGCGUUGAUGACACUGAAGAAGUACCACUCUGGGCCAGCGUCCUCACUCAUAGAUGUCCUUUUGGGUGACUCCACCCCAAGUCCCACCACUGAAAUACCCCCACUCACUUUCUACAACACGACCCUGGACCCUUCCCAGAAAGAAGCUGUGUCUUUUGCGCUGGCCCAGAAAGAGCUGGCCAUCAUCCACGGGCCUCCUGGUACCGGGAAGACGACAACCGUGGUGGAAAUAAUCCUGCAAGCUGUGAAGCAAGGCCUAAAGGUUCUGUGCUGUGCUCCCUCCAACAUCGCUGUGGACAACCUGGUGGAGCGCCUGGCCCUGUGUAAGAAGCGGAUUCUGCGCCUGGGGCACCCUGCCCGCCUCCUGGAGUCUGCUCAGCAGCACUCACUGGACGCAGUGCUAGCGCGCAGUGACAACGCCCAGAUUGUUGCUGACAUCAGAAAGGACAUCGACCAGGUCUUUGGCAAGAACAGAAAGACCCAGGAUAAGAGAGAGAAAAGUAAUUUUCGAAAUGAAAUUAAGUUACUAAGGAAGGAACUGAAGGAGAGAGAAGAAGCAGCCAUAGUUCAGAGCCUCACUGCUGCAGACGUGGUCCUAGCCACCAACACAGGUGCGUCUUCCGAUGGCCCUCUGAAGCUGCUGCCUGAGGACCACUUUGAUGUGGUGGUGGUGGACGAGUGUGCCCAGGCCCUGGAAGCCAGCUGCUGGAUCCCCCUGCUGAAGGCCCCAAAAUGCAUCCUAGCCGGAGACCACAAGCAGCUGCCACCUACCACUGUCUCCCACAAGGCAGCACUGGCUGGGCUGUCCCGCAGCCUGAUGGAGCGUCUGGCGGAGAAGCAUGGCACUGGCGUGGUAAGGAUGCUGACGGUACAGUACCGGAUGCACCAGGCCAUCACGCGCUGGGCCUCGGAGGCCAUGUACCAUGGGCAGCUUACCGCCCAUCCCUCUGUGGCGGGACACCUCCUGAAGGAUCUCCCAGGUGUGGCUGACACAGAGGAGACACGUGUCCCCUUGCUGCUCAUCGACACGGCCGGCUGUGGGCUGUUGGAGCUGAAUGAGGAGGACAGCCAGUCCAAGGGAAACCCGGGCGAAGUUCGCCUUGUCACUUUGCACAUCCAGGCGCUGGUGGAUGCGGGGGUCCACGCAGGUGACAUUGCUGUCAUCGCACCCUACAACCUCCAGGUGGACCUGCUCAGACAGAGCCUCUCCAACAAGCACCCCGAGCUUGAGAUUAAGUCUGUUGAUGGCUUCCAAGGCCGAGAGAAGGAGGCCGUGAUCCUGACAUUUGUCAGGUCCAACAGGAAAGGUGAAGUUGGUUUUCUGGCUGAGGACAGGCGGAUCAAUGUCGCUGUUACCCGUGCUCGGCGCCACGUAGCAAUCAUCUGUGAUUCCCGCACUGUCAACAACCAUGCCUUUUUGAAGACCCUGGUGGAUUAUUUCACAGAGCACGGGGAGGUUCGCACAGCUUUUGAGUACCUGGAUGACAUUGUCCCUGAGAACUACACCCAUGAGGGCUGCCAGGGCCACAGCCAUGGCCCCAAGCCCGGGGGCCCUGCCACCUCCAUCAGGAAGCCUUCCGGUGAGCAGGAGAGUGGCCAGAAGGCCAGAGCAGCUGCUGGACAGGGCCGCAGGAAGCCGAGCGUGAGGCCCCCAGGCUCUCAGGUCCACUCCCAGCCCAGCUCCAGUGCAAGCGACUCCGACAGAGCUGGGGGCACAGACCGCACAGAGCACUUGAGGGCCAUGAUCGAGAAGUUUGUGGUCAGCAAGGAGUCACAGUUGGAGUUUCCCACGUCCCUGAGCUCCCACGACAGGCUGCGAGUCCACCAGAUAGCUGAGGAGUUUGGGCUGAGGCACGACAGCACCGGGGAGGGGAAGGCUCGGCACAUCACGGUGAGCAGGAAGAGCCCCGCAGGGCCUGGCGGUGUAGCCCCACGGCCUCCCUCUCCCCCCAGCCCUGCACAGGCUGAGCCUCAGCCGCUGGCAGAAGAGCCCCGGGGGCAGUCACAGGGCCCCGCCCAGCUGGAUCUGAAGGCACUGCACCUGGAGAGGCUGCAGAGACAGAGCCAGCCGGGCAGCCAAGCCCAGGCGGCCAAGGCUCAGCCAGGGGUGGGUUUGCGACUGCAGAAGGCUCCACAGAAGAAAAAGAAAAAGGAAACGAAAGGUCUAAAUGCGGCUCUGCCCUGCGAGGAGGACUUUGAUGCCCUGGUGUCCGCCGUGGUUAAGGCUGACAACACUUGUAGCUUUGCCAAGUGCUCGGCCAGCACCACCACCCUGGGCCAGCUCUGCAUGCACUGUAACCGCUGCUACUGCCUCAGCCAUCACCUGCCCGAGAUCCACGGCUGCGGUGAAAAGGCUCAUGCCCACGCCCGGCAGAGGAUCAGUCGGGAAGGAGUGCUCUAUGCAGGCAGUGGGACCAGGGAUAGGGCCCUGGACCCGGCCAAGAGGGCCCAGCUGCAGAGGAGGCUGGACAAGAAGCUGGGCGAGCUCAGCAGCCAGAGGACAAGCAAGAAGAAGGAGAAGGAGAGGGGCACAUGAGGCCACGUCCUCAUACAGGGCUGUGUGGGGCAGAGGGCCAGACGCUGGGACCAGCUUCCUCAGGGUCAGCAGGUGGGGCCACUUCUCUGCUUGACCUGGCAUGUCCCUGCUUCUCCCAUGACAAGGAGACCUGCCUGGUCUUAGACUCCGUCAGAGUAACUCUGCCCUGACUGGCCAGGCCCCUUUGAUGCUGCUCAGAUGCAUGUCCUGAGAAGUGAGUACCUUGCAAAGCAGGCCAUGGCCACCUUCAUCCUGUCUUCUUCAGUGACCCAGUGGGGCACCGAUUGUGCACUCUAGGGACGGGAGGAGGCUGCUCCAGAGAGGCUCCUAGCCUGUGAUGGCCUGCUCUGCUGCUUGGUGACUGUGGGAUGGACCUGUCCCAGGGCACCUCACUGCUUACCUCACAAAGACUGCAUCCUCUGCAGCGUUCUGUACAGUUGCUCAUGGGAACUUCGACAGAUGUAUUUUAGCCUCAGACUCUUGUUUCAAAAGAAUAUAAAUUAUUUGCAAAUUAAA